UGUCAGACUUCAUCCUUCACACCACCACUGACUGCAUGGGAACUUUUCCCAAAAACACGGCAGGUUUUCCCUCGGAAGUUUCUAACAGUUUCUAACUUUCUCGGACCGCGCGCGCGCUCUCUCUCUCUCGUCUUAUUUCCAGUUUAAUCCUCGUGUUAAACCUCUUUGUGCGCGUGUCCCGGUUGUCAGCUGGACUUUGCGGAGAUGUCAGGAGAGCUCAGGCCCCGGCUGUGUGUGCUGGAGAAGGGCAGCGACGGCUAUGGCUUCCACCUGCACGGGGAGAAGAACAAAGCGGGUCAGUUCAUCCGCCUGGUCGAGCCCGACUCCCCGGCCGAGCUGUCCGGUCUGAGGCCCGGGGACAAGCUAGUGUUCGUUAACGGGGAGAGUGUGGAGGGGGAGAGCCACCAGCAGGUCGUGUCCCGGAUAAGAACCGUCACGGGCAGUCUGGAGCUGAUCGUCGUGGAUUCUGAGACGGCCGAGCUUCUCAAAAAGCACAACCUGAGCUGCAGGAAGGAGUUCGUGACUGACGGAGUGCCGAGACCGGGAGAAGAGCCGGAUUCAGCCGCACAGGAGGACAGGAGGAACGGCACCGCUACAGAGUCCAGCCCUGUCCCUACCCCUGUCCCUGUGCCUGCUCCUGCCUCUGCUCCUACCCCUGUCUCUGUCCCUGUCUCUGCUCCUACCCCUGUCCCUGUCUCUACCCCCGUCCCAGUUCUUAUUGCCGCUCCUGCUGCGAACGGAGACAUGGGCCUCGACAAACUCAGCCUGAGCUCCAAGGAUUCGAAGAAUGAACUUCGCCCCCGUCUCUGCCACAUGAAGAAGGGAGCCACGGGUUAUGGCUUCAACCUGCACAGCGAGAAAUCCAAAUCAGGCCAGUAUAUCAGGGCGGUGGAUGAGGACUCCCCAGCUGAGAAAUCUGGACUUCGACCCCAAGAUAAAGUUGUGCAGGUAAACGGCGUGCCUGUUAAGGGCUUGCAGCACUCCGAGGUGGUGGCCACUAUCAAGGCAGGAGGAGAUGAGCUGCGACUGCUGGUGGUGGAUCCAGAAGCAGAUGCCUUCUUCAGCAGCUGCCAGGUUGUUCCCACUGAGGAGCAUCUCACGGGCCCUCUUCCUGACCCUGCUGCCAGCAGAGACUCUGAUGAAAAGGUGAAGGAGGAAGAAGUAAAGGAAGCCAAGCUGGCUUCAGAGAGUCCUACUCCGUCCAGUGCUUCCUCCACUGCGUCUAUCCCUGCUGAGACGAGCAACAGCCCCGUACUACAGGAGAAGAGUCCCGUGGCAGCAGAGAAGAGCACGAGUGCAGACGCAGCCUCGUCGCUCGACCUGAGCAUGUCCCUGCAGCAGGCUAAAGAGCGCGCGCGCCAGAAACGCUCUAACAAAAAGGCGCCACCUAUGGACUGGAGCAAGAGGAGCGAGGUGUUUAGCAAUCUCUAAAGCAGCACCACCAUUACACAUCUCUUUAUUUCCUUUAUUUAUGAAAUAAGUUCACACUUUGGUCUCGUUCACGAGGCUAGAGCUUCUGAUUUAUAUUGACAGCUAGUAAGCAGAAGGGAUGCAGGAAUAAGGCAACUUUUCCUCUAUUAACAAAGAAUGAAAUCACAAUUUAGAAAUAAUUGCUGGAUUAUUUUUUUCUUUCUGUCCACACACACACACACACACACACACACACACACACACACACACAAAACCCUCAAAUGAACAUUUAAAGCCAGUGUUAUUUUAUCACUUUUGUUUUUAUUGAUCUUUAUAGACAUUUUAUUGAAGUAUAGAAAAAAAAUCAGAUUUGUGAUUUGAUAUAACUUAAUUAUGUACAGUGUAGAUGUAGUUAAUGCACACUUCUAUUCCUGUUCACGCUGUUGUGUAUUAACGCCACUCUGUUCAUUAUACUGUAGUUGCAGUGUAUACCCUGUUGAAACUCCUGUUCAUUUAAAGCUAUUUUUUUCUUUUUGUUAAUUGGAAUUUGUGUUUUUUUUUUUUUUUUUUUAAUAAAAGCUUUAGAUUCUAAGUUACAUGGAAAAAUCUCUAAAACUGAACUAUGCUGAGUAUAGUAGUAUAACCAUGCUAAGUAACGUGGAAUGUGUAGUUAGUGUUUUGUCAAGAGGCAGAAUAGCAGGGUUUAAAUCAUGACAUUACUGUAAAUUAGUCUUAAAGUUCUAAUAAUCAUACUGUUAGUCAUGCAAAGUAAUAUGGGCGUGUUGUACCUUCUGACGAAAAGCUUUUUUUUUGUCAUCGCCUCAUUGUUGAAUUUUUUAUGUUUGUGAUUUGGGUUCAGAAUUUUUUUUUUCUUUAUCUGUUGAUUAUAGAUAUGAAAGAAUUUUUAUGAACAUUCCUAAGAAGAAAACCACUGUCUUUAGCAACAAGAAAACUUUGUUUAGGAAGCUCAUCCUAGACUGGGCUGUAUAAAUAAAUAAAUAAAUAAA